AUGUCGUCUCAAAUUCCUUUGAAGUAUGAAUGGCCAUAUGUUCAAUACUUGCCCAGGGAUGAAGUGAAGAGCUACCAAUCCACCCUCCCAGAGGAUUUCAGCAAUAUUCGGGUCAGGCAGAUAAUUCCAACUCCAAUCUGGCAAAGACCUCAAUUAGGCUAUGAACCAGAGCCCACUUAUUUAAGUCACGAGGUUGAGAGGAAUAUCGAAGAGGGGAAAGCACACUCCCUGAUUGUUCUUGGAUCCUACAGCGUGCUCCUCUAUGCUUCUAUGUGGUCUAUGGCCAAGUGGUACAACUCUAAUAUUGUCAAGAAUUAUAUUUAUUUCAAGAGCGAAACAUGGCCAAGCUAUCUCAAGCUUAGAGCUCUUCCAGUUGCUGCCUGUGUGUGGACUGUGCUCUAUGCUUUUUAUUACAAUUAG